AUGAACCCUCUUCGCUCACCGUCGAUAUGCGCCAAAGCAAAGCGACACGAGCCAUAUUCUCAACAUAUGGAUAGCCUCAACCCCUUUGAUGAAGGCGGGUUUCUGGGACUGGGCCAGCCAUGCGCUGCCGAGGUUUCUGGCUGGAACGAAACAGCCACAAUGUCCACGCCUUCCUCGGAGCUGUCUUCCUGGACCGCCUUGACACCACCAAGCUCCUUUCCUCCAACCGAAACUCUCCCGACACCAACAGCACUGCAGAGUCGGACGCAUAGUGAUAAGCAUCUUAUUGUGGUGGAUCAGCAUGGCCGGGAAUGCGAAGUGGUUCAGACUCGGGGCGAGCGGCGGCGUGCACAGAAUAGAAAAGCCCAGCGAGCAUAUCGAGCACGCAAAGAAGCCCAGAUAAAGACUGCAUCAUCGACCUUGGCAGCGAAUAAGUCGCAGCUGAGGACCCUAAGCCAUCACAACCGCGAGCUUCUCGAGACCAUUAAGCACCUCAGGGAAAUCAUUCUCCGGCUAGAGGCAGAGAAUCAGCUCCUCAAAGAGGUGCAAAGCCCAAAUAUAAAUGGAAUGCACGAGUCAGGCGGAUGGAUGCUGGAUAGUCCGAUUUUCAUGUCACCCCUUCCCUCAGAAGCGUACUGGCAUGAAGAGAGAUCGGAUACCACAGGAACAUGA